AUGACGACGAGGAGGAUGGAGAGGAAACUCAAUCGAAUCGGAUUAGGAAGGCAAGCAGAUUGUACAAGAUGGUAUGACAGCAGCUGGAGACCAGUAGACCCCUCCCACGUGCACCCUGCGAGCAGGCCUCCAACAGGUUGUACCACCGGGAAGAUUCUGCAAACGUUCAGCUCGCAAGGCGCCUUCACUGCAGAGCUGCAGCUGGAGAGGAGACACGUGGAAGCGUGCUUGUCGACUCCGCUGCGGUGGGAGGAGGUGGUGGGGAGCGGUGAAUGCCCGCAUGGUGGGGUCAGGGUGAUGCUGGAGGAGGGGGGGACGUCGGUCAUCUGUAAGAAGUCUACCUCCUCCCCGUCCAGCCCUCAGCAUCGGCAGCCGCUACCGUUGCCUCCAAAUGUCAGUCAGGACGAGAUGUCGCAAGGAGGGAGUGCGGGGGACAAGGAGGGAGGGAGGGGCAUGGGGCUGGUACUGCAGUUUAAGGCAGGAGAGGACGUGAGGGAGGGAGAAGUUGUUCAGAUCCUUUCGACAGGGACUGCAGUGCGUUACCGGCUGUUUGAGAACGUCCUCUGGAAGCAGCAACAGAACUCUAGAGGAUGCUUGAUCCAUAGCAUGCAAGUCAGCAGGAGCUCAACUGCCGUGGCGUGCCGCGUAGGAAGGAGCUGGAGGGUAGCCCUGUGCCAGCUGGACUUGACGAAUCGAGUCUUCUGUGGGAGGAGGAAGAAAAUGACAGGGGUUCUGUCGAUGGCGGGAGGACAUGGACACUUGCUCGUGCUGCAGCUGGAGGGUCGGCAAGUGCGCGUGAAGUUCAUGACAGCAGUGGAGGGGCUGCAGUCGUGGGAAGGGGCGGCAGACUCGACGAUUGUUGACGAUUUGGGCGACUUGAAGGGAGAGAGGAUCAGGGGAGCUGACAAUGGAGGAUAUAGUGGAGGAGGAGAUAUCGAGGCCCAGAGUGUUGUGCUGGACCGUUCAAGGUUCGCUCAUGCGCUGUGCGUUGGUGGCUCCACAACGACGUGCCACGUGGGAUUGUGCGCUGCCUACAAUCAAAGUUCCCUCUCAUGCCGGAGGCUCGGCAACCUAACGGGCUCAUUUCAUGCGAUGAAGGUGUUGAGGCUGGAACGAGACAUGAUCGGCAUUGCAUGGAUCCUGCCCUCUCGGAAGCAGGAUGGAUCAACAGGAGCAGGAGCAGGAGCAGGAGCAGGAGCAGGAGCAGGAGCAGGAGCAGGAGCAGGAGCAGGAGCAGGCGCAGGAGCAGGAGCAGGAGCAGGAGCAGGAGCAGGAGCAGGAGCAGGAGCAGGAGCAGGAGCAGGAGCAGGAGCAGGAGCAGGAGCAGGAGCAGGAGCAGGAGCAGGAGCAGGCUCUUGUCAUGUUGCUCUGACUAUAAUCGGGGAGGAAGGAAACGAUCUUCAUCACCUCCAGAUGCCCCACGAUCUCUCGCGGAGAACGUCGAGGUUUCCAGCUCCUGCUCACCUGCUCUCCUGCUGCUCCUGCGGCGACGGAAAUUGCCAGGCGUGCAAGAUGGACGCUGUUGCCCUUUCACCGUACAAGGUCGUCAUGUCCUGGGCCUCUGAGGCAGUGAAGGAGGAGGAGGAGGAGGAGGAGGAGGAGGGAGAAACAAGCGGUGGAGCGAAUGUGGUGGUGGCUUCAUCGAGGGAUGGGUGGGAGACGGUCAAAUGGUCAAAGGUGCUUGCAGUCACCUCCUCUACCUUGAUGUCCGAGCUCGUCAAGACACAGCAGAUAGUUGGAAGCCUCAGGUUCUCUUUCCUCAGGGUCUCCCUGUGCCGGGUGGAGCUGCCAGGUGUCGCAGCCCUGCUCGUAGAGCUCUCCUCCUCCUCCUCCUCCUCCUCCUCCUCCUCCUCCUCCUCCUCCUCAUUGGGCAAGAAGUUCCUUGUGCAGGUCCCCAUCAAACACGAUGAGGAAGUGCACAUAGACGGAGAAGCAAAGUUGCUCUGGCACGAUGCUCCCUUCAACAGCAUCACUUCAUCUGCCAUCCUCGAUAGCCACUCGACACAGGUAUUCACGCGAUAG